AUAAAGAAGGUGUGAUAGGCAAAAUGCUGCUGCCAGCAACUGGAGCAGCAGAGGCAUUGAUGUCAGCAGUACAGGAAUCUGUGUGUGCUGAUUACCAUAAUCUUGAAAAAUUUGCUACUGUCCUGCAAAAAUUGUCCUUUACUGCAGCAUUUGGAACCUUGAUGAGAAAAGAUUAUAUUGAGAAAUUCCCAACAGAAAUGAAUCAUGACAAGGAGAAGGAUACAAGUAUUAAACUCAAGUCAGUUGAUCAGUUCAUCAAUGUCAGAAGUAAAUUUGCAAGCACUGUCACUGAUUUUUCCCAAGAAAUGAGUCACAUUUCACCAAAUUUGUUGAAAAAGUAUUUUUGCUGUGGUUAUUCCUACCUUGCUCAUCGAUUAAAUGAUUUUGAUGCUACUGACGAUAUGUUGGAACUAGUCUGCAAUGACCACUGUUCUCUCAUUGAUGUCAGCCUAUUGGAAAAUGUUGCUCGUUAUUUUAAGGUGGAUAAAGCAAUCGCCUUAAUUGAUGAAUACAAAGAAAGUCUUCAAGAAUUCAAGUCACUUCAAGACCUUGUAAAUAAAGAGUUAUUUGCUGGUUCACCACUUAAAUCUGAAACAAUUACAUUUGUUGUUGAUAGAAGUGUUAGUGACUACACUUUAAAUGAUGUCCAGCUUUUGCUAACCUUUGCAUUCAAGGAAUUAGCACCCCAUGUCACAGUUAAAGUCAUCAAGGAGGCUAAUUCGUUUCUUGUCAUUUGUUCCUUUCCUCUCACUCUCUCAGAACAAUUGAUUGCAACAGCUGGAGAGAACAUUGAGUUACUUCAAGAAAAUGGAGUAAAGAAAUUGACCAUUGGCCAUUACACUGUAUUUGACAAUGAUGAGGCUGAUAAAGAUGCAUCCAAAAAAGCCAAGUCUCAAACUUCAACUGAUGAAGAAGAAAUUGCAGAAGAACGCGAUAGUCAGAGUAAACUGGAGCAAAUAAUGAUAUCACAGGAUGUGCAAUUAUUAAACAAAGAACAGGAAUUGAUUUGUUUGAAAAAGGAAAUUGAAAUUCUUCAAGCACGAGUAGAAGAGCUGAUUACUGAUAAAGCUCUUAAUGAUUAUACUAGUCUUCAAGAGAAAUACAAGGAAUUGUUGAAAGAGAAAGAAGAACUGUUGAAAGAAGUUUUAAAGUUAAGGAAACAAGUUCAAAAACCAUUGGAAAGAGAAAACAUUCCUAUUAUAUUUGAAGAUGAUGUUUAUGGGGAUAUUGUAAUUGAUCAUCCUUUAAUUGUGAAAAUUGUAAAAACGCGUCAGUUUCAAAGACUGAAGGAUAUUAAACAAUUAGGCUAUACUUACCUGAAUAUACCUAAAGCAACAUAUUCAAGACUGCAACAUAGCAUUGGAAUGUAUUAUCUUGCUGGGAAAUAUGUGAAACGGCUUCAAAGACAAAGUGAUUUGGAAAUUACUGAGUGUGAUGUUUUAUGCGUGCAAAUUGCUGCUCUUUGCUAUAACCUUGGUUUUGGUCCAUUUUCUCAUACUUUUGAAAUUUUUUUGGAUGAGAUCUUUCCUAACAAAGAUGAUAAGCCCUGGAAGGGUACUCCUGAAGCAUCUGUCAAAAUGAUUGAUUACAUGAUUAAAGAAAAUCAAGAAUUACAGCCUCUGUUUCAGAAGUUUUUGGAAAAUCCUGAAGAAGAUAUUUCAUUUAUCAAAGAUCUCAUAAAAGGAGACAAAAGAGGACAUCGCAAAGACAAAGAAUUUUUAUACGAGAUUGUGCAUAACAAGGAGAGUGAUUUAGAUGUUUGUAUGAUUGAUUACACAACACGUGAUGCUGCUGUUUUGGGGAUGAAAGUCAGCUUUAAAUGGAGAGUAUUUAUCAACAGAGUUCGUGUUUUGGAGUGUAGUGAUCAUAAACUGCACAUUUGUUUUCAGGAAGAUGAUUUAGAUAUAUACAAUGACUUGUUUAGAACUCGUCAUAGCAUAUACAGAGAGUUGUAUUACCUUCGAAAAAACAGAAUAGUUGCUGCAAUGAUUGAAAGAAUAUUGAUUAAAUCCAGCAAAACUGCACUAAUCAGGGAUAAAGAUAGAAUGGUGACAGUAUUAGAAGCUACAGAAAGCAUGCCUGCUUAUACUCGACUCACUGAUGGUGUUCUUAAUCUCAUCAGAUCAUUUGUUAAUGACACACAGGCACAAGUGUUAUUGGACUCCCUUGACACUUUAAAACUUAUUGCACAAAUUGGUUACAUAUCUGUUGGGCCAGAAACUACUUGGAACAUACAUGACAUGAAACAAAAUAUUGCAACAGAAACUAAAAUUGACGAUAUUGCUGAUUCUCUGAUAAUUGAUCCUAUAAAAACCGGGUUUGAGAAUCAUCGUUUUUACACUCAACACUAUUACUUCAAUGACAACAAAACAGGAAAAUGGGAAAAUGAAUGGGCAAAACCUCCAGAUAACAUGGAUAUAGCAGCACCAUGGCGUAUCUUCCUUGUAAGCGGUGAUAUGGAAGUAAUAGAACAAGUACAAAGUGACUGUAGAAAACCUUUCUAAAAGGAAUCAACUUGUCAUG